AUGUCUUCAACAAAGGAGGCGCUUGCUAACAGCGUCCCCGCUCCACAACUGUUGACGAUCACCACUGCUGAUGGACCGUCAGUUGUUACUGGCAUCCCAGCUGUCCAAAACCUCAAUGAUGACGCCCACUCCUCAACUGAUGCGUCAGUUGUUGGCUACGUAGCUGAGCAGGCAUCGACAACCACUGGUAGUCACCCUACGUCCUCUACCAGCGCUGUCCCAGCUGAGCAACCGUCAACCACGACCAUUACCCACCCUACGUCCUCCCCCGAUGUCGGGAUCCCUACCACCUUGCAUGGAUUCAAGAACUUUCCACUGGAAGUGCGCUUGAUGAUCUGGGCCUUAGCCGCACCUCCCCCAGCCGUUAUAGUCCAAUGCAAAAGCCGCAUUGAAGGGCGACCAUUCUUCUGGAACCGCGCUGGCGGCGUCCCAGCAGUACUCCACGCUUGCAGAGAAUCCCGCGCCGAGUACCUUGAGAUCGAACCCAGCAAUGACGCAGAGAGACACGAGAUUGAGGCCCGUCGCCGCAAGCACCCUUUGUACAAGAUGACUUUCCGCACUCGCCGGCUCGACAGCCCCGGCUGCUACAUGGCUCUAGAAAUCGAUACGUACAUGCCAUUGGACGGCGAAGUGUUCCGGUGGAAGACUAGCAAGUUCCGGACUGCGUCGAUGCUGAGGUUUUUGAAGGAGGUGAAGUACCUUGCGGUGGGGAACCACCACGUGUACCACCCAUUGGUAGUGCGUAGACUCGUGGAGAUAUGUCCACAGCUUCGAUGCUUGACGAUCACGUUGUGGGACGAGUCGUUCGACGCCGCGCGCUCGAUUGCGGAGCAAUAUGGUGCGGAGGUCGAUGGGGAGUGGGGUUUGGAACUGAGUACUCGGGUCGUUGAUCCUAUUCGCUUGGAAGGAAUGCGGCAGAGUGUCCCAUUUGACAUGCUACUGCUCGAUGAGGACAAUGAUUCGAUGAGGGUCGAUGUCUCCCAGGAGAAGAGAUAUUAUCCAAAUACGAUUGUCCCGCCCGUCAAGUUCCGCUUUGCCAAACAAUUCAUCCACGUUGUACAGUUGGACACUUUCCCAGAUAUGGAGCGUCUGCGGCCACGACCAAGAAUUUAA